UGCAUUGGAUCAGAAAUGGGCUCUGUUAAGAUUGAAUUUGCAGUUCAGAUGAAAGGGGACGAAGCCUAUGCAAACACACUGCGAAAGGCUCUGGAUGGUUUGGGUGAAGUGGAUGUCGACUUGAAAGAGGGACGUGUGAUCGUUCAGACUGAGAGUCCGUGGUCAGAGGUGCACGAUAAGAUUGAGGCCACCGGACGAAAGGCUGUGCUGUCGGGAUUUGGCGGACAGUCGGCAGUUGCUCUGAUCAACACAACCGGCAGUGUGGUGGACCGAACGCCUGUCCAAGGCGUUGUACGGUUUACUGCCAUCAGUGCAAAGAAGCCUGCCGUUUUGGUGGAUGUCGUAGUGGAUGGCCUGGAGCCGGGAUUGCACGGCUUCCACAUACACGAAAGUGGCGAUGUUUCCCUAGGGUGUGCCUCUGUUGGCGACCACUAUAACCCGCGUCAGUCGCGUCACGGCAGCCCAGAAGCAUCGAGUUCAGAACGGCACGCUGGCGACUUAGGCAAUCUACGUGCUGAUGAGAGUGGACGGGCAAAGAUCCGGUUUGUGGAUGCUGAGCUGGAGGUGGCGGAGAUUAUCGGAAGGGCUGUUGUUAUAACAGCCAGUGCUGACGAUCUGGGACUUGGUGCAAACGACCAAAGUCUGAUUGACGGCAACUCGGGCGAAAGAAUCGCCUGCGGGAUAAUUGCUCGCUCGGCGGGAAUAAUGGAGAACUUUAAGAGAAUCUGUGCCUGUGAUGGCGUUACGCUUUGGGAUGAACGCAACAAACCUCUGGCUGGAAAGGAGCGCUCCCAAAAGCUCUAAAUGUUUCACAUCCACCUCUGACUUUGUAAAUAAAUUAUAAUUAUAUGAUUAAAAGUUUUAUUAGUA